AUGACUUCUAAUUAUCUAAUAUUAGAAGUCACAUAUUCAUAUAAUAUAGCUAAUUUUAGAUAUACUGGUAUUGCAAGAGCAAUUGAAUCUAAAGAAAUAAAAGUAGCACAUCAUUCUUAA